AUGGAGACCGUCAAGAACGCCGCCAACUACGUCGCUGAGUCCGUCCAGGGCACCGGAGCCGAAGCCUCCAAGGAAGCCAACAAGGGCGUUGCAAAGGACAGCGAUGCAAGCCUCACCAGCCGCGCCACCGCUGCCAAGGAUGCCGUUGUCGACAAGAAGGACGAGAAGUCCCACGACGUCAAGGCUGAUGUCCACAAGGAAGCCGCUAAGAACUAA